UAUUGUUUUCGUUAUCAUUUAUCCAACUUGCUUUCCUCAAUCCUUUGAUUUUUCUCUCUUUCUGUGUGUGUCUGACACACCCCAUUUCCAAUAACAAGAAAACAAAUUCGGCGUUUUUUAGCAUUCCGAGGUAAUUCGGUUAUUUCAUCAUCCAUAAGAAUUAAGGAUUUGCUCUCUGUAUUCUCAUUCUCUGUCCUCCAAGGAAAGAGGGCUGAACUGUGAAGGAGAGAGAUAGAAAGAGGCUUCUUCUCAACCAGAUAUGGGUUCUGUAGAUGAUGAUUCUUCGCUUGUGGAACAGGGUCUUCUUCAGGAUGAAGAGAGCAGAAGAUACACUGGAGAUGGCUCAGUUGACUUUAAAGGGAGGCGUGUACUUAAGGAGAAUACUGGCAAUUGGAGAGCUUGCCCAUUUAUCCUAGGCAACGAGUGCUGUGAACGUUUGGCUUACUAUGGCAUUGCAACAAAUCUUGUUACCUACCUUACCACCAAACUACAUGAAGGAAAUGUCUCUGCUGCAAGAAAUGUCACCACCUGGCAAGGCACUUGUUAUCUUACACCUCUCAUUGGAGCUGUUCUGGCGGAUGCUUAUUGGGGAAGAUACUGGACAAUUGCUGGUUUCUCCAUGAUUUACUUCAUUGGGAUGUGUACAUUGACUCUCUCUGCUUCUGUCCCAGCAUUGAAGCCUGCUGAGUGUGUGGGUUCGAUAUGCCCUUCAGCUACUCCUGCCCAAUAUGCUGUGUUUUUCUUUGGUCUCUACAUGAUUGCACUUGGGACUGGUGGAAUAAAACCAUGUGUAUCUUCUUUUGGGGCAGAUCAGUUUGAUGAUACUGAUUCCCAAGAAAGGAUUAAAAAGGGAUCCUUUUUCAACUGGUUUUACUUUUCUAUCAACAUUGGUGCCCUCGUAUCAAGCAGUUUAAUCGUGUGGAUUCAAGAAAAUGGGUUUAGCUAUUGGAAGCUUCUUUAUCGGCACACCCCUCUACAGGUUUCAAAAGCCAGGGGGAAGCCCUAUUACAAGAAUGUGCCAGGUUGUGGUAGCAUCAUUCCAGAAAAGGAAUUUGGCUGUCCCCGAGGAUAGUAGUCUGCUGUAUGAGACACCUGAGAAGACCUCUGCAAUUGAAGGAAGUCGGAAGCUGGGGCAUAGCGAUGAACUGAGGUGCCUUGAUAGAGCUGCUGUAGUGUCUGAGGCUGAGAGCAAAACUGGCAACUAUUCUAAUCCAUGGAGACUUUGCACUGUGACACAGGUGGAAGAACUGAAAAUCUUGAUCCGCAUGUUCCCAGUUUGGGCUACUGGAAUCAUUUUUGCAGCCGUUUAUGCCCAGAUGUCAACAUUGUUUGUGGAACAAGGAACAAUGAUGGACACCACUAUUGGCUCCUUCAGCAUUCCUCCAGCUUCCCUCUCAACUUUUGACGUCAUUAGCGUCAUUUUCUGGGUCCCAGUCUAUGACAGGGUAAUCGUUCCCAUUGCAAGGAAAUUUACAGGCAAGGAAAGGGGCUUUACAGAGUUGCAAAGAAUGGGAAUUGGCCUUUUCAUUUCAAUCCUGUGCAUGUCAGCAGCAGCCGUGGUGGAGAUUGUGCGUCUGCAGCUUGCAAAAGAGCUUGACCUUGUUGAUAAACCUGUUGCUGUACCCCUCAGUAUAUUCUGGCAAAUCCCUCAGUAUUUCUUGUUGGGUGCAGCUGAGGUAUUCACCUUUGUAGGGCAGCUAGAGUUCUUCUAUGAUCAAUCUCCGGAUGCCAUGCGCAGUUUAUGCAGCGCACUCUCACUCUUGACUACUUCAUUAGGAAAUUAUUUGAGCUCCUUCAUUCUUACUGUAGUCACUUACUUAACUACGCAAGGCGGAAAGCCCGGUUGGAUUCCAAAUAACUUGAAUGAAGGUCAUCUUGAUAACUUCUUCUGGCUCUUAGCUGGACUUAGCUUGUUAAACAUGUUAGUGUACAUAGUUGCGGCCAAAAGGUACAAGCAGAAGAAGGCUACUUAAAGAUUUCCCAGACAUUUCAUCUGGAGUUGGAGCAUCUUCUGAUGUUUGUUUCUGUCACUGCUGUGGUUGUUUUUUAUGUACACUUCUUAGUUCUUCCACUAAUAGCUGGAAAUUUGUAUACCUAGUAGGGCAAACAUUGCUUACUAGUUACUACAAUGCUUAGGUGAAAUUGUAUUCAGUUGAUUUCAACUUCCUCUGCAUGUUAAAGCUGUGUAAUAUAGUGAAGGUGGUUCAACCUUUUUAGUGUU